ACAGCGGGAAUCCAUUCUAAUUCGUAACCAAGCAACCUGAUUUUGACAAGGCUAAGUCCAUUUAGUCUACUCCCAUCGCCUGCUCGGAGGGGAAGAAACUGCGGCCAUUGUUUUCCGCUCCCGUUGUAAGAGCUUCCUUCUCGACCACCUUCAUCGGCGAUGGCGGCGGAGGCGAACUGGGAGCGGCUGGUACGAGCUGCUCUGAGGAGGGAGAGGGUCGGGGUGGGUUCACUUGGGCAGCCUGUCAGUGGGAUUGCAGGAAAUGUUCCUUCUUCUCUGGCAAACAACUUGCACAUCGACGAGAUACUUAGAGCUGCUGAUGAGAUACUUGAAGAGGAUCCCAAUGUCUCUAGAAUAUUAUGUGAACAUGCUUAUUCAUUGGCCCAAAAUUUGGAUCCUAACAGUGAAGGUCGAGGUGUUUUGCAAUUCAAGACUGGUUUAAUGUCAGUUAUAAAGCAAAAACUUGCUAAACGAGAGGGUGGAGCCAUUGAUCGGAGCCAGGAUAUUACUCGUUUACAGGAGUUCUACAAGCGCUAUAGAGAGAAACACAAAGUGGAUGAGCUGUGUGAGGAUGAAAUGAAGUUGAGGGAAUCUGGUGUUUUCAGUGGUAACCUUGGAGAGUUGGAGCGUAAGACUUUAAAAAGGAAGAAAAUAUUUGCUACACUUAAGGUUCUGGGAACGGUUGUUGAAGAUCUUACGAGAGAGAUAUCACCUGACCAAGCUGAAAGAUUAAUCUCUGCAGAGAUGAAACGAGUCAUGCAGGCAGAUGCAGCAAUGUCAGAAGAUGUGGUUCCAUAUAAUAUCAUUCCUUUGGAUGCACCAUCUAUGACAAAUGUCAUCACUUCUUGUCCUGAGGUUAAAGCUGCAAUGUCAUCGCUCAAGUACCAUAGGGGCUUACCCAAGCUUCCUGAUGAUUUUUUUAUUCCGCCUGCUAGGAAACCUGAUAUGCUUGAUUUAUUGCACUAUGCAUUUGGAUUUCAGAAAGACAAUGUCUCCAACCAACGAGAACAUAUAAUUCUUCUUCUUGCUAAUGCACAAUCUCGACUAGGCAGCAUUUCUGGAAAUGAUCCUAAAUUAGAUGAAGGUGCUGUGCAUAUUGUUUUCUCAAAUUGCCUUGACAAUUAUAUCAAAUGGUGCAGCUAUUUGCCUCUCCGUCCAGUUUGGAAUAACUUGGAGUCAGGUGGCAAGGAAAAGAAGCUUCUGUAUCUUUGCUUGUAUUUUUUGAUUUGGGGAGAAGCUUCCAACAUCCGAUUUCUUCCAGAAUGUUUGUGUUAUAUUUUUCAUCAUAUGGCAAGAGAAUUAGAAGAAAUUCUGCGUGCACAGAUCGCUGAGCCUGCAAAUAGUUGUAAGUCAGAGAGUGGAGCAUCUUUCCUUGAUCAAGUUAUUUCUCCUCUAUAUGAUGUCAUCGCAGCGGAAGCAGCAAAUAAUGACAAUGGGCAGGCUGCCCACUCUGCUUGGAGAAACUAUGAUGAUUUUAAUGAGUACUUCUGGUCCCUUCAGUGCAUCCAGCUUGGUUGGCCAUGGCGCUUGGGUUCGCCAUUUUUCUUAAAGCCUGAUAGAAGGGCUAAGGCGCUUCUCUUUCCCACUGGUGGUAAACAUCAGGGAAAGACCUCUUUUGUGGAGCAUCGUACUUUUCUCCAUCUUUACCACAGUUUUCACAGACUUUGGAUAUUUCUGUUUAUGAUGUUUCAGGGAUUGACUAUCAUAGCCUUUAAUAAAGGGAGACUAAAUUUGAAGACUGGGAAACAGCUACUUAGUUUUGGUCCUACAUAUGUUGUAAUGAAGUUCAUAGAAAGUGUUCUUGACAUUCUUAUGAUGUAUGGUGCAUACUCUACUUCUCGUAGUUCAGCAGUAUCCCGCAUCAUCUGUCGCUUUCUUUGGUUCACAUUUGUUUCACUUCUUAUAAGCUACCUUUUUGUUAAGGCACUCCAGGAUGGGUGGGAUUCUAUGUACUUCAAGAUAUAUGUCCUUGUGAUUGGCAUAUAUGCUGUUUUCAGAGUUUUCCUGAGUUUGUUCAUGCGCAUCCCAUCUUGUCACAGACUUAUGCUACCAUGUGACCAAUGGUCUCUAGUACGUCUUCUUAGGUGGCUCAACCAGGAGCACAAUUUUGUUGGUCGUGGUAUGUAUGAAAGGGCAACAGACUAUAUUAAAUAUUUGCUUUUCUGGCUUGUGGUACUUGGUGGAAAGUUCUCCUUCGCGUACUUUCUUUUGAUCAAGCCUUUGGUAUGGCCUACACAAAUUAUAGUAAAAUUAAACAACUUGAGUUACUCCUGGCAUGAUUUUUUUUCUAAAA